AUGUCUGAUCGAUACCACGGAUCAGCAUACCGCAGUCGCGGCGGUCCCUACCGCGAUGACCGUCGCUAUCCUCCACGUCAUCCUCGAGACGAGCACGAGUAUGCCGAUGCUCGUGCCGCGUACGACGCACGCGACUCGUACGCCUCGUCCUACUAUCCAGAGCCUCGCGGGUAUCCGGAUCGACCGCACGGAAGGAGGGUGCACAAAGCGAUCCCGCCGCCGAGGCCGUGGGACUACAGCCGAAGACCACCGCCCAGGACGGAGCAGGAGAGGAUAGAGCUGGAGAGGGAGAGAGAGGCGUGGGAGGCGAAAGAGGAGGAGAGAUAUCAGCAGAGGAUGGAGGAGAGAGAGCGCGAGAGGCAGAGGGAUUGGGAGAGGAGCGGAUGUGGAAGUGGCUAUGGGGCUGGUCCUGGAAGGGAUCGAGAGAGGGAUGCGGAGAUGUACGAGAGGGAGAGGGCGAGACAUCCGGAUCUUGGACCGUCGAGGCGGGAUCGUUCGCGGAGUCCUGGAGCCGAUCCGAGAUAUGAGCAGAGGGCAGGCUGGAGCAGAGCCUCGAUCGGAUCGUCGGAGGGUAGGGAGCGAGAGCUGGCAGGUGCACCAGCAGAUAGACCGGAUGCACCGGCAGGCUACCCCGUCCGACGAGGUUCUCCUCCGCCAUUAUCGUCUUCGGCAGCAGCAGCAGCAGUAGCUCCACCAACUGGACCAGCAGCAGCAUCUGCAGCACCAGCAUGGGAUGCCGACACAGUCGACGUCGCAGCUCCGUCCCGUUACAGACCGCCUUCUCCGCACUCCACUCCGCGCGGACCAGCGAGGGACAACUCGGGCUUCAUCUCUACGCCGCCCACAGGUCCCAAAGCCUCCCGUGGUGGUCCGCCGACACAUCCGUCAUCCGCGUACCGCGCUCGCGAAGGUUCGGGUUCCGUCGGCGUCUACACGCCUGGCUCGGAUCGCGAUCGCGAAGCAAGCAGCUACAUGAGCCCAUCCAACGGUCGCUUCGCUCGCGCCGGACGAGAUGGUGGGAUCCCCACUGGACCGUACCGCGGCGGUCAUCCGGCCUUCGGACGUGGACGUCGGGAUACCAACCCGUACGACUCGCACUUCCACCCUGCUGGUCCCGAAGACGACUUUCGCGGUGGCUACGCCGGUGGCCAUCCCGGUUCAUCUCCUCACGAAAACUCUCCUUACUCUCCCUCCACCUCUGUCGCUCCUCACCACUUGGCCGCACCGCGUCUCUCGCGCACUUCAUCCUCGCAAACUCCCAUCACGCCUACAUCCGCCAUCCCCACCGGACCAUCCGUCUCCUCAGCUUUACCCUCUCCAUCCACUCUCGUUCCUCCAGCUGCUCCCACCACCGCCACCAACACCACUCCACACUUCAGCUCCGCCUCCAUCCUCACUCCCGACCUCGACUCCGAACUCCUUGCCUUGGAAACCCAACGUUCCACUUUCAUCUCGAACUACUUGUUCGGUGGGAAAAGGACAAAUCUCAGGUCGAUUAGGAGGGAUUUGAGGGACGCCGAGCUGGAUUACUCCACAGCAGAUGGGAGACGGUUGGCUGCGGAGAAAGCGCUGGAAGGGGCGAAGGAGACAGCAGAUGCAUACAGUCUCGAGGAAAACAGAAAGGAGGAACUUCAAAGAGUCAUGGCUCAACAACUGCAACAACAGCAGCAGUUGAACGCUGUUCAACCUGUCUAA